AUGGAAAACAUGCAGACAGGGGUGGUAUGUUUUGAUCACGACAACCUUACGACGAAGCCUUUUGCAAUGGAAACACUGCUACAUUGCUAUUGUCAAGAUGCACGAUCAUCAGAUAGAGGAGUGACUAUAAACCAAGUGAGGAGUGUAUGUUAUAUAGGAGUUGCGGUGGUAGCGUCUCUCUGCUACCUCAACUCUAUAUAUUGUGGUUUCGUAUUUGAUGACGUUUCAGCUAUAAGGGACAACCAAGACUUGAGGCCCCAGACGCCUUUUGUCAAUCUGUUCUGGAAUGACUUUUGGGGAACACCUAUUCAUAAGGAACACAGUCACAAGUCCUACAGACCACUGUGUGUUCUAACAUUUCGAUUCAACUAUUUGCUAAGUGAGCUUGAACCUUUUAGUUACCACUUAGUAAACGUUAGUCUUCAUGUAAUUGCCUGUCUUCUCUUUCUUAGAAUAACGAGACUUUUCUUAGCAGAGAGUGCUAGUUUUGUUGCAGCUAUCCUUUUUGCGAUCCAUCCCAUCCACACUGAAGCAGUAACAGGAGUAGUUGGGAGGGCAGAGAUCUUGUCUUCAGUGUUCUUCCUUCUUGCUUUUUCAUCCUAUGCUAAGUCUGCAGGAAGAUCUUAUCAAACAGAGUGGACUCCACUCCUCUACUCAGUAAUCUAUGUUACUGCAGCAACGCUAUGUAAGGAACAAGGAAUUACAGUUGUGGGGCUUUGUGGCAUAUAUGAAGUGUUUAUUGUUCAGAAGCUCCGACUACCAGAUCUUCUUUAUAUUGGCCAAAACAUUGUAGCUUCCAAAGCUCAACCUCCACCAUGGUUUCGAGAAAUGAUGCUAAGAUUGACAGUUUUAAUUUUUAGUGCACUUGGUCUCUUGUUUGUGAGAUUUCAAAUAAUGGGUGCUCAGCUUCCAGUAUUUACUAGGUUUGACAACCCAGCAGCUGUAGCCAGCACUCCAGCUCGUCAACUAACUUAUAAUUAUCUUCUCUGUAUCAAUACAUGGUUACUUCUGUUUCCAUUCAACUUAUGCUGUGAUUGGACAAUGGGAACAAUACCACUAGUAGAGUCAUUUAUGGACCCUCGUAAUUUGGCAACUUUAGCAGUUUAUACUUCCCUAGUGUUGCUGGUGUGGACUGUGUUGAGUUCUGAUGAUGGACAUGCUGAGAUCGUUACCAUGAGUCUUUCCUUAUUGGUGUUGCCAUUCCUUCCGGCCUCCAACUUAUUUUUUCCUGUAGGAUUUGUGGUAGCCGAACGAGUGCUUUACACACCAAGUAUGGGUUUAUGCCUGCUGGUUGCAUAUGGUUGGCAUAUUGUUUUGGAAAGAGUAAGAUGGAAACCCUUACUCUGGCUAAUGCUAACAGUUCUUAUAUUGUCUCACAGCCUGAAAACUUUUGUCCGAAACUUUGAUUGGAAAUCUGAAUACACAAUAUUUAUGGCUGGACUUAAGGUGAACCAACAGAAUGCAAAGCUUUACAACAAUGUAGGGCAUGCUUUAGAAAGUGAAGGAAAUUUCAAAGAAGCAUUGGAAUAUUUCCUUAAAGCUGCUCGAGCUCAAGAAGAUGAUAUUGGGGCACACAUCAAUGUUGGAAGAACUUACAGUAACCUGGAGAUGUAUAAUGAGGCAGAAGCUGCAUUUUGGAAGGCAAAAGGAUUACUUCCUCGGCCCAAGACUGGAGAACCAUACAGAGCAAGAAUUGCUCCAAAUCACUUAAACGUUUUUCUCAACCUUGCAAACUUGAUAUCUCGUAACAAGAGUCGCUUGGAAGAAGCAGAUGCUCUUUACAGACAAGCGAUCAGUAUGAGGGCAGAUUACAUCCAAGCCUAUAUCAACAGGGGUGACAUUCUGAUCAAAUUAAAUAAAACACAAGAAGCUCAGGAGGUGUAUGAAAGAGCUCUACAGUUUGAAAGCAGGAAUCCAGACAUUUAUUACAAUCUGGGAGUGGUGUAUCUUGAACAGAGAAAAGCUACUCAAGCUAUGGUCUAUUUUGACAAGGCUCUAGAGAUUGAUCCAAACCAUGAGCAGGCUCUCAUGAACUCAGCUGUGCUGAUCCAGGAAAGUGGAAACAUAAGGUUACGACAUGUUGCCUAUGAACGGUCAGAAAAUUCUUUUAUAAUACGAGAAGAUUUCCGUAGUGCACUCUUCAACCUUGCACUGCUCUUAUCAGAUUCUCAACGUCCACUUGAAGCUGUGCCUUUUCUUAAACAGUUACUUAAGCACCAUCCUGACCAUGUAAAGGGAUUGAUCCUUUUAGGUGACAUUUACAUCAAUCACAUGAAAGAUCUAGAGGCAGCAGAGAAGUGUUACACCAGAAUUCUUCAGAUGGAUCCUAACAACAUUCAGGCCAAACACAACUUAUGUGUGGUGUACGUGGAGCGUGGACAACUUGUGGUGGGUGAACUCUGUCUCCAACAGGCAGCCAGCCUAGCUCCAAAAGAAGAUUACAUUCAACGUCACCUAAAAAUUGUACGUGCACGCCUUCAGAAGGUUCAACCACAAAAUGUUUCUGAAAAUAAAGCUUCAAAGUCUACAACCAAACACCAAGGUGAUAAAAAUCGAGGAAAUACCACAAGUAAAGAUCCCAUCAGUGCUAAUUCAUAUCGUUCGGACAAUGAAAAUCACAAUAGUUCCGAGUCUUGAACUGUUCCUACACAUUUCAACUGGUGCUGUAACAUGAAGACUCAGUUGUAAAUAAUAAAAUCAGUAAUAGGUAUAGAUAUAUAUAUAUUUAACAUCGAAGAACAACUAGUGUAACGGAUGAGUCUACCCUAUUGCUGAGUAAGUUAUUUUGUGUAUAAAGGAGUAUCAAUACGAAA